UUUAGCAAAGCUUUACUUAAAAUUUGAGCACUACGCCGACCUCUGUCCACCACACGUCCCAAUAGUCAUGCCACCGAAGAGGGAUGCCUGUACUCUUGAAAAAGAUAUUCUGGACAUUUGCAAAGAUGACAUUGAUAACAUCAGUGAUUCUGUCAAACGGGUAGCAUCAAGGGCUUACCGGGAAGGGAAGGACGGUGCAGGUCCCUCAAAAAGACGUAAAACACGUGGAAGGUUUCCCUUGAAGACGACUGAAGCUCACAGAAAUACACACGUGAUGUUAAUCGCAGCUGAUUCCCAAAAGGAAACAGAAAAACAAGUUUUCAAAAAGGAUGUAACUGAUAUGAAAGAUGCCAUCCUUCAAUCUUUUCCCGAACUGAGUGAGAGCAACAUACAUGAGGUGAUCGGGACGGAUGUGACCGACGGGACCACUGUGGCAUCCCAUGUUCAUGACGAGCUUGUUAAAAUGAGGGGAACCUUCGGCCAGAAGGACUUCUUCAUAUUUUACUACAGCGGGCACAUGAAAGUUUCCGAGACUGACCAGUGUACCUUCCGCACAGGUCAACGGGACGAAGAUUACAUCACAGAUGUUGUACUAAAAGAUUUGUUUAGAAAUUUGAACGCAACACGGUAUCUCUUCAUACUAGACUGUUGUCACGCUGACGCCGCAUCCCUUGGGGCCAAAGGAAAGAACCGCGGAGUCCCAAAUCCAAAUCCGAGGCUACCUGACUUUUGGAAACUCUUUGACGAAGGACCUUCUACAAGCAAAGAACGUCAACCACGCGCAGUUCAGUGGGGUUCGUGUGCUGCAGAUGAAAAGUCUUACUAUGACGAGAAAAGUUACUUCACUGAGGGCCUGGUCAAUCUUCUCAAUGGAACGGAUUGCAAUAUUCCUCGUCGCCCUGUCAAUUUGAAGUUCCUCAAUGAAUGUCUUACGGAAACUUUGGCAGACCGUGAUCAGACCCCAGAACUAAAACCGGAAAAGGAUGAUUCGUUUUACAAUAAUUUUCUUACCUUUGACAGAGGGAAUGAAAACUAGAGACAGCAUACAAGCUUUCUGGAGUGAAAACCGGAAUAUCUUUCCUGUUGUUUUUUUCUAAGAUUAUGUGAAUAGCCUCUAUGCUUUCCUACAGCUGGACUAUGUCUGAGUGUGUUGUCAAACAACAUAUAAAGCCGCCUCUCAUCUCCCUACUCACAUCUCCGCUUAAAGAUCCUCACCCAAUCACAAACAAUAAAGCUAGUAGACGAAUGUAACCACCCGAUGCAUUUAGUUGACUAGUAAGACAAGCAUAGGUUGCAUUGCGCCUACUUUAAUAAAUCCCAACGGGGAUACAGGCAUUUUUGAAGCUAUAAUAAUUUCUCAUGUGCUUAUGCAAGGUAUUUGAUUAAUACUUCUACCUUUGUACUCGUAACUGCACUAUGUCAAUAGGCUACGAUUGUUCCUUUAAUCCCAGAAAUCUGAAGUUCUGAUUACAAUUGUGCUGAUAGGUUUCGGACGUUACAACGUCAUGGAGUCUUGCACAAGACUUUAAUUGUAAGAAUAUCGCGAUGUCAUGGUGUAAGAAAGACAAAUAGGGGGUAAUUAUGGGUUGCAAAGACAAAUACAUAUUGAGGCCUUUUGAUUGCAUUCCUGGGAUCGGGUGGUCAGGCUAACUGACUUGGUAGAUUCAUGCCAUCGUGUCCGAAUCGUGUAGAUCGAUGCUCUUGAUGUCAAUCACUGAAUUGUCUGGUCCAGACCGCCUUCAUAUAGACGGAAUAUUGCUGAGUGCGACAUUCAACAACAACAAACAAGCAAACACUCAUGCGUUCAUGAGAUACGCCGUACCGCUGCUCCUGGUGAAGUUAUAUACAAAGAGCGGUGUGCAAAGAACAUCCAUUUCACUAUUGUAGUCACCUCUUCCUGUGCUGAUAUCUAUUUAUCCUGACACUUGCACAGCCAGCGAAAGUUGUAAAUCUCAGAAUAAACACAAUUUCUUAUGUU